ACUAAUAAGACGAAUACUGGCACUGCUAAUCUCAAAUUUGGUUCGUUUCACCAAAUAAGUUGGAAUGAUUUUUUAUUAAACAACUAAUGAAUAGGUUGAUUUAUUUACAUAUCUAAUUGAGUUUAUUAAAAUGAAAUUUUUAUUUGAGCUAUAAAGCUAAAGUAACACCUGAAUGCGGCACCUGAAAUUCCUCGUCUUUUCCUCCGCCGAUAGGGUUUCGAUUCCGGUCAUCUCUGAUUCCUUUCUUUCGCCGGCGGAGAUUCGUUUCUUGUGAAUUCAAGCUCCACGGUGCACUGCGCACCUGGCGCUCUCUAUCAUCGUCUCCCUUUUAUCCCUCAAACCACUGCAUUAAAUUUUAGGGAAACAGAAUAAUUGAGAAAGGGUAAAAAAGAAGAGGAUAUGGGAGAGGUGUUGGCAUGGCUGCUCUUCUUCUUCAUACUUAUUGCUCUCCUCGUUAUGAUCGUUUUCCAGCUAAUGUGCUUGGCGGAUUUAGAGUUUGAUUACAUCAAUCCUUAUGAUUCUGCGUCUCGAAUAAAUAAAGUAGUUUUACCAGAGUUCAUCACGCAAGGAGUUCUGUGCUUCCUCUUCCUUGUCACCGGACAUUGGUUUAUGUCGCUUCUCUGUGUCCCAUACCUGUACUACAACGUGAGAUUGUACCUUCAAAGACAGCACCUUGUAGAUGUAACUGAAAUCUUCAACUUGUUAAAUUGGGAAAAGAAGGAGAGACUUUUCAAGCUUGGUUAUAUCAUACUUCUUCUCUUCAUGUGUUUGUUCUGGAUGAUUUACAAUGCACUUGAAGACGACGAGCAUUCGUUUUAGUGUUUCUGUUUCUGUUUCUUCUUCUUCAACGGCACUGGCACUCCAGCUGCUGCUGCUGCUGUUGCAUUCUGUUGCCUGAAAGCACCAUCGAGUUGUUAUACUUAUUUGGUUGUAUUUUUAUCAUUUGAGCAGUCUUUAUAACUCUUUUAUGUUUCGAUUAUAGGCUCCUCUAAUUUGGUUUUAUUUUGAAGAUGUAAUAUAGUUGUAAACUUAUUUCUUUUGUGCUGCACCGAACUUGUGUGGCCCUUUCUUUAGUAAUGGGUUACUUAUACUUUCA